UCAUAAAACGUCUAUGCACCAAGCAUUAAUACUUCUUUUCCCCGCCAAACCGAAAAAAACAAGGAGUCUUCUCUUUUUCGACUAAACGACACGCCCUUUCGCAUUAUUGGAAGAAAAAACGCGAACAUGAUGUCAAAAGACGGGCUGUUUAGCGCGAUCCCGACGACCUGCGUCGUCCUGAACGGCAGAGGAUUCGUCGGAAGAUCGCUGGUGUCUCGCUUGUUGAGACUCGGCAACUGGAUCGUCCGAGUCGCCGACUCCGCUCACUCUCUCCAGCUCGACUCCUCCGAGUCCGACUCGCUCCUCGCCGAUGCUAUAUCCUCCAGCCGCGCUGAGUAUCGGCAUGUCGAUGUUCGCGAUGUGUCUCAGAUCAAACGAGCUUUUGAAGGUGCUUCUGUUGUUUUCUUUAUGGAUAGCAGCGGUUUGGACAUGAGUGAUUUCUACAAUUGCUACAUGGUCAUAGUUCAAGGGGCAAAAAAUGUUAUCAAUGCUUGUCGAGAGUGUCGAGUUAGACGGCUUAUAUACAACAGUACUGCAGAUGUAGUGUUUGAUGGUUCACAUGAUAUUUAUAAUGGAGAUGAAUCCUUAACAUGCCAUUGGAAAUUUCAGGAUAUGAUGUGUGACCUGAAGGCUCAAGCAGAAGCUCUAGUCCUGCUUGCUAACGAUAUUGAUGGCCUUCUGACAUGUGCUCUUCGUCCUAGCAAUGUUUUUGGACCAGGAGAUAAACAGUUUGUACCUUUUCUAGUGAAUUUAGCCAAAUACGGUCGGGCAAAGUUUAUUUUAGGAAAUGGUGAAAAUAUGUCGGACUUCACCUAUGUUGAGAAUGUUAGUCAUGCUCAUAUUUGUGCAGCUGAAGCACUUGAUUCACGAAUGGUCUUUGUGGAUGUGGCUGGAAAGGCGUUUUUCAUCACUAAUCUCAAGCCUAUGAAGUUCUGGGAAUUUGUAUCACUUAUAUUGGAAGGCUUAGGAUAUCAAAGACCGAUUAUAAGACUUCCUAUUCGUUUGGUUUGGUAUAUUUUCUUGCUUGUCAAAUGGACACGUCAUAGUUUGGGCUUGAGAUCACAUAACCAUCCUCUGUCGGCAUUUUACUUUGUUCAAUUAGCCACACAUACCAGGACAUUUGAUUGCACUUCUGCGCAAAAACAUAUUGGAUACUCACCAAUUGUCUCCCAGGAAGAGGGUGUCUCUUCAACUAUUGAAUCAUUCUCUCACUUGGCCAAGGACUCACCUUUAGCGCAUUACAGUGACUUAAAUGAACAAUCAAAAGUAGAAAAUCUGCUAGGCGGUGGGAAAGUGGCUAGAUAUCAAAUUGAUAGGCACAACAAAACUGUUCCAGUUGCAGACAUUUUGCUUUGGAGAGAUGAGAAGCAAUCAUUUACAUACUUUCUUGCACUGGUUCUGUUGUUUUACUGGUUUUUCCUUUCUGGAAGAACUUUUAUCUCAUCUGCAGCCAACCUUCUAUUAUUGGUCUCAAUUGUGCUUUUUGGAUAUGGCUUCUUACCGUCAAACAUAUUUGGUCUCAAAGUUCCAAGUAUACCUUUGUCUAGUUUUGAGGUCUCAGAAACUCCAUUAAAAAAUUCAAUUGCAACAAUAGCAUUUCUUUGGAACUGGGCUAUUUUGAAUUUAAGAACAUUGGCAAAAGGAGAUGAUUGGAAGAACUUCAUCAAGGUUCUACUUAAACUUUAUCUUGCCAAACUGAUUCUUAUUUGGUCUUCUUUGACAGCUGUGAUAGCCGUAGCUCUGGUCUUCUCCUUCACCGCAUUCUUCAUUUAUGAGCAAUAUGAAUCAGAACUGGAUGGCCUAGCGAUGCUCCUUUUUAACUGUACAAAGCAAUUGAAAUCAUUGUUGACAUGCAACCUUCUGGCUCCUGUCGCAUCAUUUCUUUGUAAUUUGAGGAUAUUGCAUAAGCACAACACCCCCAAUGUGGUAAAAGAUAGGCAAUGACUCUUGGACUUGACAUAUUUCUCUGCUGAGUUUGAUACUGCUUGUACAUGAUCUGAUAGCUUUAUUAGGCAGGCUUUGUACACCUGGAAAAGAAUAGAAUAUAGACGGGUAUAUAUUCAUAUAGUGCAAAUUCAGUUUCAUUUUCUCAUCCAUUAAUACUAGUUGUGAAUGUUCUAUCUCUUAA